UCCAGUCAUUGGUGUCCAGCAGAGAAGAGCAUGAGGAGGUGUCCUCUAACAUCACACCGCUGCUAUGCACUCAUAAGAGAACAGCACAAAUACAUAUUCUACAGAGGAGCCCGGUGCACACUAAAGUGCACUCCCUAAAGAAACUGUGUUUGUGAUCUGAGCAGGGAUGGUGGGCUAUGAUCCAGACUCCCCCGGUGCGUCUCUCUCCCCCGAGGAAGCUGCUCUGGCCGGGUCGGCGGCGGGAAUGGUCACCCGAGCCCUCAUCAGCCCUCUAGACGUCAUCAAAAUCAGAUUUCAGUUGCAGAUCGAGCAGGUGUCCUGGAGGAGGCGUCAGGGGAAGUACUGGGGCUUAUGGCAGGCCACACGCUGUAUUAUGACUGAAGAAGGACUUCCUGCAUUCUGGAAAGGUCACAUUCCUGCCCAGCUGCUGUCUGUGUGUUAUGGAGCAGUUCAGUUUGCGAGUUUCGAAGCCUUGACAGAGCUGGUCCAUAAGAAGAUGAGCUAUAACAGCCAGACCCCAGGAGUGCACUUCAUCUGCGGCGGGUUGGCCGCCUGCUCCGCCACCGUCGCCUGCCAGCCGCUGGAUACGCUCCGUACGCGCUUCGCUGCUCAGGGCGAACCCAAGGUGUAUCGUAACCUCAGACAUGCCGUGGCCACAAUGUUUCACGCAGAGGGGCCCUUCACCUUCUACAGGGGCCUCACACCCACCCUAGUGGCCGUGUUUCCGUACGCAGGCCUGCAGUUUUUUUAUAAUGUUCUGAAAAAACUUCUUGAGCCCCAAGACGCCAAAUCUAAAGGAGGUUUACACAGUCUGAUCAGCGGUAGCUGUGCUGGGGUCAUCAGUAAAACCAUCACGUACCCCUUCGAUCUGAUCAAAAAGAGACUUCAAGUGGGUGGGUUUGAAGAAGCCAGGAUGAAGUUUGGACAGGUGCGGACGUAUCGCGGCUUUGCCGACUGUGUGUCGAGGAUCGGCAGAGAGGAAGGCCUCCGGGGUUUCUUUAAGGGUCUCUCUCCCAGUCUCUUGAAGGCCGCUCUGUCCACGGGCUUCACCUUCUUCUGGUACGAGUUCUUCAUCAACGCCAUCGUCAGCCUCAAGAGCAGCUAGUGAGCAGUGACUCCACAGACGUCCUUCAGAGACAUUUUAGAUCCGCGUGUGUUUUAUGGUGUUGAUGUAUUAGGGCGUGAAGCGAAGAGGGACCAUUAGCUGCUCUCAAAAGAACAGGCACUGAGUCGGGAGUUUUUUAAUCACACAGGAAAAACAUUUUGCGCUCCACUAAAGCCUUGAACUGAACAAUCAGCUGAAACCCGUUCCUGUUUACAUGAAACGGCGAACCCUACCUCGACCGGAGACUGGAAAACCAUUGUUACACAUGUUAAGAUUUUAAGAUUUUGAUUUGCACUGCGCGUUAAUAUCUGUUUUAUUGUUUGUAUGCAUGGCACUGGAAAUCAGAGCGUUUUAACACAUGUUUGGUGCAGUUUUACAUUUCAACAACAUUUAAAAUACAUGCUCAAUACGAUGCACGAAAUAUUCAGUCAUCCGUUUUUAACAUCGUAAUAUCAGGAUUUAUUUUGUGUGUGCGUGCGCUUUACGUCAUUGUUAAGGAUUUUAAAUGGUGGACGGUUGAAUAUUUUAUAGACAAAAUUGAAAAAAAAUGUUAUGUUCCAUAUUAAUGGAUGGAUGAAGGUUGUUUGGAACAGUUUGAACCUCCAUGUUUCCUGUUACUUUUAUUUUGCCGAUAUUUAUGUCUUUUUUUUUUAUGUGCUUCCUCACUGACACGAGUAAAAACAAACUAUCUUCCUGUUUUCUCAUGUACAAAAACGCAUAGCUUCAAUAUUACAAAAAUGUACGGUAAGUAAAUGGGCGACAUGUAAGAUUAAGAAACAAACUAUUUUUCUAAUAAAAAAUAUUUUAUUUAGA